AUGAGCUCAACCACCUGAUUGCAGCCGAGAAUGGAGGAUCACCCUACCCCGGGGUUGCGGCUCCAAUACCACCUUUGUUUCUAACAGACAGUGGGCUGCUAAGAAGCCAUCGUGCCCAGGCCAGGCUCGGGAUGCACUCGGUGUGUCCAGCCUGAGCCCCGGGCCCUGGGCGGCUGGUACAGAAGCCAAUUACACGGCUGGGGUUUUGGGUCUGACUUCAAGAGUCAGGGCCCCAGCCGCCCUUUAGCCUGGCUAUAAAGGGCUAUAAAGGGCUACCUGGGGUCUCUGUGCAAACCAGACCCUGCGCCUGACUUGUGGACACCAUGGCCGCCACCACCACCAGCAUCCACCGGCUUUCCACCUCCGGCUCCGUCAAGGGCCUGUGUGUGCGCAGUGGCGGGGGUUUCUCGAUGUCCUCCAUCCGUGUUGGGGGUGCCUGCCGGCCCCCCAGCCUCCUGGGAGCCAGCAGCUCUGGCAACAUGUCUGUGUCCUCGUCCCACUUCUCUGUGGGCACGGGGGGCAGCUAUGGCAGGGGCUGCUCCUGCAGCCUGGGUGGGGGCUUUGGCUCCAGCUUUGGGGUGGCAGACGCCCUGCUGGGGGGCAGCGAGAAGGAGACCAUGCAGAGCCUCAACGACCGCCUGGCCUCCUACCUGGACAAGGUGCGUGCUCUGGAGGAGGCUAACGCCGACCUGGAGGUGAAGAUCCACGACUGGUACAAGAAGCAGGGCCCCGGGCCCACCCUCGACUACAGCCACUACGUCAAGACCAUCGAGGACCUGUGGAGCAAGAUCCUGGCGGCCACCAUCGACAGUGCCAUCUUGGUGCUGCAGAUCGAUAAUGCCCUCCUGGCAGCCGAUGACUUCCGCACCAAGUAUGAGAUGGAGCUGAACCUGCGCGUGAGCGUGGAGGCUGACAUCAACGGCCUGCACAGGGUGCUGGACGAGCUGACCCUGGGCAGAGCCGACCUGGAGAUGCAGAUUGAGAACCUCAAGGAGGAGCUGGCCUACCUCCGGAAGAACCAUGAGGAGGAAAUGAACGCCCUGCGAGGCCAGGUGGGUGGUGAGAUCAACGUGGAGAUGGACGCCGCCCCCGGUGUGGACCUGGGCCGCAUCCUGAAUGAGAUGCGCGACCAGUACGAGAAGAUCACGGAGAAGAACCGCAAGGACGCUGAGGACUGGUUCUUCAGCAAGACGGAGGAGCUGAACCGCGAGGUGGCCACCAACACCGAGGCCCUGCCGAGCAGCCGGACGGAGAUCGCGGAGCCACGCCGCACCGUGCAGAACCUGGAGAUCGAGCUGCAGUCCCAGCUCAGCACGAAAGCGUCACUGGAGGGCAGCCUGGCAGAGACCGAGGCGCGCUAGGGGGUCCAGCUGGCCCAGCUGCAGGGGCUCAUCAGCAGCAUUGAGCAGCAGCUGUGCUAGCUCUGCUGUGACAGGCUGCAGAACCAGGAGUACAAGAUGCUGCUGGACGUGAAGACGCGGCUGGAGCAGGAGAUCGCCACCUACCGCCGCCUGCUGGAGGGCGAGGUUGCCCACCUGGCCACCCAGUACUCCUCGUCCCUGGUCUCUCAGCCCACCCGGGAAGGUGCGUACCAUCAUGGAGGAAGUCCAGGACGGCAAGGCGGUCCCCUCCCGUGAGCAGGUCCAUCACUCCCCCCACUGAGGCCCCGUCUACCUGCGACAGCCCAGCCUCCAGGGUCAAGGGGCAGCCAUUGCCUGCAGCUCCCAGCACGCUACUGCUGCGCCCCGAGUGCCCGUCUGGGCCACCGCCCAAGAGUGGUUGCCUUUCUGUAUCUGCUUCCCACAGCCCCUCACCAAGGGGACCUCCUGAGUUUGCCCCAGUGACUGCAAUUAAAGCUUUGCUUGAAGUUC